AUGUCAAAUUUCAAAGUCUGGUUCAUCACGGGCACGUCUUCGGGGUUCGGAAAGGCCUUGACCCUCGAGGUCCUUCGUCGCGGUGACAAGGUCAUUGCCUCUGCACGAAAUGCCGCGAAGCUCGACGAGCUCAAAACUGCCGGAGCUGAUACCAUGAGUCUCGACGUCACCUGGCCCCUCGACAAGUUGAAGGCACUUGCAGAAGAGGCCCACGGGCUCUAUGGGCGGAUCGACUACCUCAUCAACAACGCCGGGUAUUGUCAAGUCGGCGGCUUGGAAGAGCUCACGCCGGAGGAAACUCAAGCCCAGUUUGCAACAAACGUCUUUGGCCCGUUGAACGUGACGAGGUCGAUUCUCCCAUAUAUGCGCGCGAAACGAUCAGGCGUGAUUGCCAAUUUCUCCAGCAUCGGAGCCUGGCGCGGCACACCCGCCGUGGGCAUCUAUGAGGCUUCGAAAUGGGCCGUCAGCGGCGUCACCGAGACACUGCAUCUCGAGCUGGCCGAGUUCAACAUCAAAGUCUGCAGCAUCGAACCGGGCUACUUUCGAUCAAACUUCCUAAGCAGUGGCCACAAGAUCCUUCACGUCAAUCACAUACCAGACUACGACACCACAGCUGUCCGGCAGACAGAGGAACGCGUGGAACGGACAAACCAGAACCAACCGGGCGAUCCCGCAAAAGGGGCCAAAGUGAUUGUUGAUGUUUUGACGGGUGCAUCCGGCAAAGAGAUCCCGUUGAGGCUGGCGUUGGGCGCGGAUGCUUAUAGGAUCAUCCGGGGGAAAUGCGAAGAGACGAUCAAAGGCCUGGACGAAUGGAGGGAAGUCAGCUCGUCAACCGACAUUGAUGCCAAGUAG